GUGAGUUCAAAACCCCCAUGCGAUACUGACGAGACAGGCGUCCUAGACGUGAUGCUAACGAGGCGGGCAUGAAGGAAAUCCAGAGGCCGGGCGGCGUCGUCCGACGCAGCCCCUUCCGCGGCCCGCAUCAGUUCGCCCUCACGACGGGGAACGGGACGCACCCCGCCCCCAACUCGACGGCCACGAGCGGCCCGACGACGGGGCCGACGGGGUCGCCGCCGGGCAAUGGCAGCAGCAAUACGACGACGACAUAUUGGCUCUCCCGGCCGACGACGACUGGGCCGCAGACGGACUGCCCUGUCCAGUUUGUGACGUCCACCAUGACUGUUGGCGUCACGGUUGUUGUAACGGGCGCCCUGAACACCACCACAUCCUCGGUGACUACGCGCGGGCCGUCCACCCCGCCGUACUUUAACGGCACCACCGCCACCACGUACUGGCCCGGGACGGGCACGGGCACGGGGACCGGGGGCGUGACCGCCACCACCACGACGGGGCCCUCGUCGACCGCUUGGACCGGCAACAUCACCACGCGAGGGCAGUGGGCCACGACCAACAGCACGACCAGCAUGCCUACGCAGCUCACGACUUCGACGUGGUCAGCGGGGACGGGCAACGUCACCACAACGGCCGUCGCCUCGACCGGCGACGGCGAGACGACCUCGUGCCCACCCGAAGACCACACCGCCACCGCCACCGUCACCACGACGACGCAGGUCAUCGACACGACGGGCGUCACGCCCGUCGCGACGGCGCCGACGACGACGACGCAGACCAGCACGGCCCCGCCGACCGCCACGGUGGGCGGCGGCGACGCGCCCACGGGCACGCCCCGGGCGCGCAACCAGUACUGCGGCGUGCACGGCCUGCCCGUCGGCAGCUACUUCCUGGCCCAGUUCGUCGAGAACAGGGUGGGCGUGCCCGUGACGCUCGAGGGGUGUUAUCAGUUCUGCAAGGCAAACUUUGACGCAGUCGGCGGCUGCCGAGCCUACGACUUCUACCUCGAGCCCGGCCUGGACGUGCCGCGCUGCAGCCUGUACGGCAGCGACGUGGCGUCGGCCCUGCGCGCCAUCGACAACAACCAGCCGCACUGGUGGUUCGACGCCGCCUGCGGCAGCCCCCUGGACCCGCGCUGGCGCGCUGGCCACGCCGGCGUCAACGACCACCACGUCGACUCCUUCUCCGUCUGGCGGAGGCUGAUGCGCCGGGGCGGGGGCGGGCUUGCCCUGGGACCCAACUGAGGGUUUGGGGGUGGCGUGAACGCCUGCUUGUUAAGAGGUUCAUUCCUGGAUAAACAGCAGGACACUUGA